AUGCCUCCGCGCCCUCGCAAAUCGCACAUUGCAUCACGUCUUCGAUGCCCAGCAUGCGGCAAGGAGUGUCGUAACUCCUCUGGACUCACUCAGCACUACAACAGUGCUCAUGCACUUCCUCAGCAGCAUGUGGUGCUGAACUCGGUACCGCAACAGGACGAGUAUGAGUAUGAAGAGCCUCAGAAUUCAGGUCCGCAGUUUUUGGAUCAUGAAGACUUUCCAAUGGAUGGUCCUGAUGAGGAUGACGGAGACGGGCAGGUGACGGAGCCUCAGAUAUUUGAACAUGAGCUCCUCAACGGCCGUCCUUGCGAUGUGAAUGGUAACUUCGUGGUAGAAGGCUCAAUUCCCCCUCCACGAACGAAGGCCUACAUGGAUGAUUGGACACCGUAUAGCAGCCGCGUGGAGUUCGAGACGGCAGAGUUCCUUUUCAAACGUGACCAGAUGUCCCAGUCAAAGAUAAACACUUUGAUGGAUCUGUGGGCCGCAUCCCUCCUUCCAUAUGACGCAGACCCACCUUUCGCUGAUCACGCUGACAUGUACUGUACAAUCGAUGCGACACCGGAGGGUGGAAUUCCGUGGCAGUCAUUCACCGCGGCAUACACUGGGACCCUUCCUGAAGGCAAGGUGCCAUCGUGGAUGACGGCCAAUUAUGACGUGUGGUUCCGCGAUCCUCACGCUGUUAUCAAAUCUAUGCUCGCAAACCCUGACUUCAAUAAUGAGUUCAACGCUGCCCCUUAUCGCGAGUUUACGGGGCCCGCAGGUCAGCGAAGGUACACCAACAUUAUGUCGGGCCAUUGGGCAUGGAAACAGGCCGACAUCAUUGCUGCAGACGAGACUACACAUGGUUUGAUGUUCGUCCCAGUGAUUCUAGGAAGCGAUAAGACAACUGUGUCAGUGGCGACGGGUCAGAAUGAGUAUUAUCUGUUAUAUCUAUCUAUUGGCAACGUCUUCAAUAAUGUUCGCCGAGCACAUAGAGAUGCCCUAGUUGUAGUCGCAUUCUUGGCGAUCCCGAAGACUGAGCACACUCUACGCCCCGCGAUGUCAGUGCCUGAGGUGACGCGCUGUCCCGAUGGUCAUUUUCGGCGUGUUAUCUACGGUCUAGCCCCUUAUAUCGCUGACUAUCCCGAACAAGUCUUGGUCGCAUGCAUUGUUUCAGGCUGGUGUCCAGCAUGUCUGAAACACCGAAAUCGUCUGGAUCAAGACGAGGGAGGUGGGCGACGAGGACAAGAGCACACUGAGGAACUCAUUCAGACGUUCGAUCCCGGCAUAUUGUGGGAUGAAUACGGACUGGUCAGUGAUGUCGUGCCUUUCACGGCCAACUUUCCCCGAGCCGACAUACAUGAGCUACUCUCUGGUGAUCUACUUCACCAAGUGAUCAAGGGGACGUUCAAGGAUCACCUGGUGACAUGGGUUGGCGAGUAUUUGACUCUAGUACACGGUAAGGAACGUGGGAAGGAAGUUUUAGAUGAGAUAGACCGUCGGAUUGCAGUGACCCCUUCUUUCCCUGGUCUGCGUCGAUUCCCACAGGGGCGCGACUUCAAGCAGUGGACCGGAGAUGAUUCUAAGGCACUUAUGAAGGUUUACUUACCUGCUAUCUCCGGCCUUGUCCCUCCGGAUAUGGUGCGCGCAAUUGCUGCAUUCCUCGAGUUCUGCUAUCUAGUUCGCCGUUCAGUCCACACGGAAGAGACGAUUGCACGAGUUCAGCACGCUCUGGAGCAAUUUCACCAAUACCGAGUGAUAUUUCAAGAGACAGGUGUCCACGAUGACUUCUCCCUCCCUCGACAACAUUCUCUUGACCACUAUCCGCGACACAUUCAGAACUACGGCGCACCGAAUGGUCUUUGCUCAUCUAUCACCGAAGCUAAGCACAUCAAAGCCGUCAAGGAACCUUGGCGACGGUCAAACACGUACAACGCACUCGGACAGAUGCUGCUGACAAACCAGCGUCUUGACAACCUAGCUGUAUCCCGCGCCGACUUCACUGCACGAGGAAUGCUUCAAGGUACCUGUCUUUCCGAAGCUCUACUCGCAUUGGAGAUCCUCGAAGAUGACGAGGCCAUCGAAGCACCGGAGGAUGACGAGAAUGACAGCGAGAGAGAGGAAGAGCAAGACAAUGGUGUAAUCCAAGGGCCCCGCAUACUGGGUUCAGUGACGACUGCGAGGCGACACCAGCGUGGAUACCCAGACGACAUUACGGAAUUAGGUUUGCACAUCGACAUCCCACAUCUCUCCGAUCUCAUCUCGUCCUUCUUAUAUGAUCAAUCCCACCCUAAUCACCCACUUCAACCUGAGGAACCUGCCCCCCGAUGCCCCCACCUUGAUCGCCUGCAUGUCUAUCAUUCCGCAGUCACCACCUUUUAUGCACCCAGCGACCUUUCCGGUGUCGGCGGUAUGCAUCGUGAAUGGAUCCGUGCGACGCCUUCAUGGAAGUUGGGUGCACCUCGGUGUCGAGGGCACCAUCUCGACCUAGAACACCUCAAGCUCGAGCUGAGACAUGCCCAGAAAUCCACGGCAGAGCACGUGGAACACGCCGACAAGUUGAAGAAGCAGAACGAUGCCCUGGAAUCGCGGGUGCAUGAGUUGAAGAAGGCGGGCACCUCUGACCAAGCCGACCUGUGGGAGCUCUGUAUGAAGCUGCGUGUCGUGGAGCACGAGCGUGCCCAGCUCGCUGCGAAGCAGGGAGAGGCACGGCAGGCUCUGCAGGCGGCAGAGUUGAGGACGAAGCAGGAAGUGCGUGAGCGAGGGAGGCAGCUUGCUGAGGUGGAGAAAGGGCUGAACUCGAAGAGGAAGAAGCGCGAACUUUCCGCCUGCACGAGACGUUCGAGUCUUAAGGUGAUAAGCAGGAGAUCGUCAUCAUCGAGGAUAUGUCCCGCCUCAGUGCCGCUGUCUUGGCCUUGA